GGAAUAGAUUCAGUCGCGCCGCGAGUGCUGUGGUGGAAACAUGAAAGAAUGCCAGUGUGGCCAUUACUACUCUUUCUCGGUCUCGUCGGGGCUUGGAGGGAGUCAUACAUUGAGAAAACGAGGACGGUCAAACUUAGGCAGGGCGACAUCGUCGGCAUAGUCAGCAGACCAAACGACCCUGCCCUCAAACCCGUCCAGACGUUCCUCGGGGUGCCGUACGCCGCCGCCCCAGUCGGGAAUCUCAGGUUCAUGCCGCCCGGCUCGCCCUUGCCUUGGUCGGGUGUCAAAGUUGCAGAUACCUUCGGUCCCGUUUGCAGCCAGAUAGUUCCUGACCCGUAUAAAAUGAACAUCUCAGCUGGACGUCGCGAGUACCUGAAGAAAAUAACGGCUUUUUUAAAGCCUCAGAGCGAAGACUGUCUUAACCUUAACAUUUAUGCACCCAAAGAUGAAUACACGUGGGGGUCUAGAAAAAUGCCUGUGAUCAUGUUCAUACACGGUGAAUCGUUCUCUUGGAAUUCCGGCAACCCUUACGACGGAACUAUCCUCGCAUCGUACGGCGAUGUGAUCGUCGUCACGAUAAAUUUUCGCCUCGGAAUAUUCGGAUUCUUGAAGCAGACUUUCAACGUUGGCGAAAUUGGCAAUUUGGGCCUCCUGGAUCAAAUAGCCGCCUUAAAAUGGAUUCAGGAUAAUAUCGAGGCGUUUGGAGGAGAUCCCAAUUCAGUGACACUACUCGGCCACCACACUGGAGCGAUUGCUGCCAAUUAUCUCAUGUUAUCUCCUAUGGUCCAAGGAGAGAAAAGCCUUUUCAAGAAAGUGAUAAUGAUGUCCGGCUCUGCCCUGUCGAAGGGUGCGAAAAUGAAGCACCCCCAGCAGAUGCUCAUAUCCGUUGCGGAGCAGCUCAAUUGCCCGUAUGAGCGGCUUCAAAUGUGCCUCAGGACGAAACGGGUCGAGGAACUUCUCGAGGUAUCGAAAUUGUACGAAUUUGCUCCGAUAGUCGACGGCCUCCUCAUUGUCAACGAGGCCAAGGACUCCAUGACCAAAUAUACCAAUUUGUUCACAAGAUACGACUUAAUGUGCGGAGUCGUCGAGCUGGAAGCCUACCACCAGCUAUCUGCAGUUGCACUGGCACAUGGAAUGCUUGACGAGGAAAGGGACGAUGUGCUUGAAUCCUUUUUUAGAACAAAUUAUGAGAAACAUCCAGAAAUCGCGCGUGCGAUGGCGACGUCUGUCUACGAGGAGGAGAUGAAAGGGAGGACAUCGUCCAAAGUCGCUUCUGCCCUGAUUGCCCGCGACACCACUCUCGGCAUCCUCGGGGAUUCACAGAUCGUUGUCCCCGUCGUGCAAACGGCUGCCUACCACUCCAAGCCCAAUCCGAAUAUACAGACUUACUUGUACGUGUUCGAGCACCGGAACCUCCAGAGCAAUUACCCUUCCGCCGAGGGCAGUGUCCAGGGGGAGGAUCUGGAGUAUGUCCUUGGAAUCCCUUUUGAAGACAGGAGUGUUCCCGUUCUGACUAGGUACUCACAAGAAGAGAAACUGCUUUCCGAGUAUGUGAUGACGCUGUGGACCAACUUUGCCAAAACAGGGGACCCUAAUGCUCCAAGAAAAUUUAAUUACUACACUGGCUCCUCGAGAUACUGGGAUAUUUUGAGCAGCUUGAAAUGGCCAGAAUUCAGACCGAACCAGUCGUACAUGGCAAUCAAUUAUCCACCUCACAGAAGUUACCGUUACAAGAGCAACCUAGUCAACUUUUGGUCCAAUAUCCUUCCUUCGCAUCUGAGAGACAUCGGCGGAAAACCACUCAAACCGGUACAGUUCUGUUUGUCGCAGAACUGGUACAGCCCGGACAGAAGACAAGAAACCAUCGGAAACGAAUACCACCGAGCACCGCCUCAGUACAAACCCGAACAGUAUCAUCCGAGAUCUCCGUCGGUGCAGAGCGUCAGGCCCACCGAAACGCCCGACGACGCUCCAGAGAUCGAGAAGUCGGAAGAAGGUGAAAGCGGCCACGUUACGACGGCUUCGUCAUUUACGCUAAGCGUAGUAAUAAUUAUAGGGAUAUUUUUUGUUUUAAUAAACCUGGUACUGUUGUUGUACGUGUUGCGGCAGAGAAGGAACAAUGUCCGGCUAGAUUUCAAAUCGCGUUUCAGAUUCGGCUCGAGUCCGAGUAUUCCAGAUCUUGACACGGAGCCGAAACACGAAAUCAAAAGCAUAUUGAAGUCGAACGAAAUCUUGUAUGACACUAUCAAAAAGCCUAGGAACUAUUCUGGGUUUAACAGCCAAGGGAGUUCGAGCACGGUCACGAUCGAUCCGCACGCCAAAGUCGCCGAGUGGAUGAACCACCGCACGAAACCUGGAAACAUGAUGAAACUGAAGACGGACAAGUCUUCGGAUACCGACAAGGCUCCCGCUACGAUAUCCAGAAUCGCGAAAAAAGUAAAAAAAGUUUCCGUCGCCGUAGACGCCACUCCAGAGUCGAGGAGCGCCAGUGUCUUGAAGCAGAUCCCCAUUGAAAUCUCAAAAUCUCUAGACAGCGGUAAAAGCAGGCUCGGUACGAGGCCCGUACUCCAACGAUCCGACGCUGUUUCCGAUGACGAGCCUUCUGUCCACAGCAAUAGGCUGUCCGAUCGCGUGAUGGAAUCCGCAUCACAGCCCACAUCACCUCAAGAGGAAAAAAAACUCAAAUCUUUUGAGCCAUUUCCUAAAGACAUAAACGUGACCUGCCGCGAUGAUAUGGAGGAACCUAGCAUGACUCCUGAAGAAGCUCUGGACAACAUAAAAAGGAGAAAUUUUCCCAAGGUUUUGCCUGAUUUCCCAGACGACGAGCCUGAAGCUUGUUCUCUCCUGAAAAGGAUGUCCUUGCCCCACUCGGAAGACGGCAGAUCCCACAAAAAAGUGCCGCCUCCGCCCCCUCCACGGGUCUCGACGUUAGGGCGCAAGCCAUUGAACCGCAACACGGUCCCCAAUUUCAUGACAACUCACAAAGAUCUGGAGAACAUGGACGUUGGCCUACAUGAAAAGGCAGAGAAACCGGAGAAAAGACCCGAGCCAAGGGUCAUAAUAAAGCCGACGCUGACCGACCCCAACCUGAAAAAGGGCAAUUCAAAGAUCCCAAGGGUCACACCGCCUCAACCCAUUGAGAAAAUACCGCCCGCGACGCCGCCAAGCAAACGGCUUGUAAUCAAAGGCGAGAAGCCGAAAAAACAGCCGGGCGGCGUCGGCGCGAAGUUGGUCGUUCACCCGGUCAAGAAAUCCGCAUCCGCCGAGACCGCGACUACCUCCGGCACUUCGGGAAGUUCCAAAUCAAGUACUUCCACUGUAAAAAAAUCAAAUUAGUUUUUUUAAAAUUUCCUCGCGAAGAAGACUGGUUACUUUUAGGUCAUUUUAACGUAUAAUGUACAGUUUAAUUUUUUAGUACUUACUUUGUACAUUAAUUAUUUUCUGUAGAAUAUUAAAAAAGUAAAAACAUCUUUGCUAUGUGAAGGUUGGUACCUGUUGAUGUAAAUAUACAUACCAUAAUGUAGCAUCCAAUUCUUUUUAUCGUAAAGUAUUGUAUUCUACUGUUUUCAGUAUUCGUUUGAAAAUAUAUAAAUAUAUGCGCGUAUUUACGUCACGAUACUAUAAGCAAAUACGAUGCUAUUGAUAUUGUGACUGUGAAUAUCCAGUGUAAAUAUCCGUUAGUCACUCGUUUUGUUGCGAGAGAUAAGAGUAGACAUUUGUUUUAUUAUGUUUUUAAUGCAUUAUUUGGAACAAUUCAGAACAUUUUCCUACUUGACAAAUCCAUGAUGGACAAUGAUUUUGCUUAAUAUUUUUAUUUGUUUUUUGUAAAUAAACAAAUAUUUUGAGCCAGUUUUCACUGUUUUGUUAAAGUUUGUUUAUAUAUAUAAAACAAGAGUGCAAUUUCAACGCCACGUCAUUGACGUUAACCGCAACAACAACACUGUACAAACAUAUAGUGGUAAAUCGUAAAAUCUGGACAUGUGUAUAAUUUACAGACGUAUCUCUGACAGUCUUAGUGCUUCAGACCACGUCACAGAUGAUCAACCAGAACACGUUCCAUCUAUUUGUCUCUUAUUUCCCAUUUAUUCUGAUUACUCUUGGCUAGGACGUGUAGAGCCUUACAAUAAAUUAUUUUAUUAUAAUAACCGUGAUUGGGACUGACAGUGGCGUAAUAUAGUCUGUAGGAAGAAAUAAAUAUUUUUCUAUUAUGAUCAAGGACACAUCGGAGAUUAUUUGUAUUGCGUUAUCUCGGGAACUUUUCUAAAUAUUAUAACACGAUGGUUCAAAAUACAACUUGUAGACGUGAUGUUUUAAUUGUGCAUUUCCCGAGCUUGGAAAACGACUUCUUGGAUAAGGAAGAAUGAACUUACCCGUAAAAUACCUCCAACCCUCGUCUUGUUUUUCCGAGUAAGACUGUGUCCCUUUUUUCCGGACUAAAAUCAAAUUAAACGAGACCCCAUUCGUAACGGUCACGCUGCUACUAACUCUCCGUAAACGUUAUGUAUUACUUGGUGAAAUUGGUAUUUAUGUGAGACAGCGGUUUGUGCUGAAUCUACGGGAUAUAAAAUAUUACUAGAUUAUCUUUCAAAUAUAUUUUUAUAUUAUUUAAAAUGGAUAACAAUAAAAUCUUCAUAUCUUUACUUUAAAUCCUAAAUAAACUAAUGACAAGUUUAAUGUGUAGAAUACCCAAUAAUAAUUUUAUUUUUACAAAAUCCUUCGUCGUAGGAACGUAGGUAACUCUAGUACUAUUUUAAAAUAGUUUUAGUUGUUUUUUCAGGAAAUUACAACCAUUUCAAAAUAUCCUUUUAUUAUAUCGAUAUCGAUUUCUAGUUCUAUUUUACAAACGUAUGUAGCAAAAUCCAAUUGUAAUUUACAUUUACAAUUUAUGGUUACAGCUAUUUGUCUACUUCACUUCCAGCGCCAUAAAAUUCAGCAGUUCCAUUUUUGUUUUCUCAAUUAAAAGUUUCGAACAUUAAAUGCAUAGAUGUACAGACGUUUGUAAUAAAAAAAUGUGUUUUUUAUUUCUAACUAUAUCUACUUUACGUUAUAUUAAUUACAACAUACUUAUUUUAAUGUAAAACCAAUUCAAGAUGGACAAAGAUUCAUGAGUUCUAAUAAAAAUAUUUAAUUAUAAUGAUUUGAAUCAAAAUUUACCAAAACCCCGGACAUUCAGUGAAAAAUGAAUUUAACCAUUCAUUUCAUCGUUUCGCUCAUAUUAUACACAUUAGUUAUUUUAUACAUUAAGAGCAAAACUAGGUAAAAUUGUUAGUUAAAUUUUAAUCUACCACUAAAUGUAUUUCCGGAGUUUUGGUGAAUUUUAUUUCAAACCAUCAUAAUUAAAUAAGUUUUGUUCAACUUUUGAAUUAACAUUGGUAUGUUGCAAUCAAUAUCACAAUAACAAUAAAUACAGUUUAAUAAUUGUUAACAAAAAAAUUGUCCAUGCCCUUUUUUUCCUUCGAAUGUAUAUUAACGGUCGGAAGUUGUACUGUUUCUAAUUUGUUUUUAAAGAGAACGAAUGUUUAUUUCAUUAAUUAGUUAAAUAAGUUUAAACCUCGUUGGAAUUAAAUGCUUUCGUAAAAAAAUAUCAUAUAAUAAUAUUCAUAAAAAUAUAUCGUGUAAUAACAACAUUUAUUGUGAAAGUAAGAGUGGUGUUACUUUAAUUUUCAAGUUUUGAGUAAACAAGGUGCAUUUGAAAUUGCCAAAACGUUUAUUUAAUGUUAUGUUUUCUAAACAUGAUAAAAAAAUCAACGGUCUGGUGAAUUUUG